AAGUCAACCAUUUAAACCUCCAAAACACGAAGCAAGGCAGCUGCAUAUAAUACCAAACCCUAAAACAAUACCACGAUCACAAUCCAAAAAUGGAGGACGAUAACAAAGUGAGCGAAAUCGAAGAGCUGGGUUCAACCCCAAACCCAAACCCGGAUCCGCAGCCGAGACUGAAGACCAAGGUUGCAGAAGUAGAGGUGCGGCUGUACCGACAGGGCAAAGGUCCGAUCGAUUCGUUCAAGUCAAGCCUUGGAGGUUGGGACCAGAACCAGUUGGAGGUUCGAGACAUUCUCGACAAGUACGGCUUCAAAUCUCUCUACGCUUUCAAUCCCCAGUCCGGUCGCGGCGUCCCCAUCCGCUUUAACCACCGAAAUGGCCGCUCUAUUCUCCCAUAUCGAGAUGGAUCCGAGGUUCACAUCGACGGCGAGCCAAGGGAUUCCUUGAUCCAACCAAUCACGAAGAUUUUGCUUGGAGUAGCUCUUAUGACUAUCUUGAUAACAAUUGUUAUGAAGGAUCCUCCGGAAUUUAUCCAAAAAUUUAACUUCUUUGGCGGAAACUUCCCUCCUUGGAUCCUUGCUCUUGUGGUAAUAGUUUUUACACGAAUGAGGAAGAGGACCAGGGAUUUCCUGAAAAAACUUGGUUGGUGAUAGGCGACCAAUCAUCUUUUUACCUGAAUACUCCGUGCUGGUCAACCUAAGAGCUGCAGGACGUCUGUCACAUACCAAAAUAGAAUUUCAUGAAAUAAAUUGCUAGGCAUAACAAACGCUAAUGUACAAUUAGGUUCUUCUUUCCUGAGAAUUGGUCAUCCGGAGCAGCUCCUUGUGAGUUUGGCCACUUUCCAGUAGUACUACUCCUUGAACAGGUUGCGCUUCAGUUUGUUUGAUGAGGUACUGAACAACUUUACCGCAUCCAACUCUUGCAGCAACAUGCAGCGGGGUGUCCCCUUUCUCGUUAGUGUCCCAUAUCAAUAAUGAUUGUUUUAGUGAGACGUACUUGAAGAAAUUUAUUUGCUUGAAUUCAGCUGCAAAUGAAGAACAGUGUUGUUCUUGGGCGUUUUUUUUAUGAAGACUAUGUAAUGUUUCCGCAUCUGUAAUUUUUCGCAAGAAACCAGUAUCACCAGAUGUUACAUCCGUAGUUAUGAUUCUCUGAUUUCUCU